CACUGGUGGUGAGUGUGUCUGUGUGUGCGUGUGAGGCAGACGACUCCCUCAGCCUGGCAGCGCGAUGGCUCCCCUCCUCUCCCGGCUACUGCUCGUCUCUGCCCCGCGCUCCCAACAUUUCCUCCUCAGAGCCAUGUCCUCCAGCAGCUUCCUGAUCAACCAGCCCAAGUAUGCUUUCCUCAAGGAGCUGGGCCUCGAGGAGAAUAACAAAGGAGUGUUCAACGGCAAGUGGUUCGGCAAUGGCGAGGUGGUGACAUCAUACUGCCCGGCCAACAAACAGCCCAUCGCCCAGGUGCAGCAGGGCACCGUGCAGGACCUUGAUGAGUGCAUCAAAGCAGGCCAGGAGGCAUGGAAGGUGUGGGCAGACAUGCCAGCCCCAGCUCGAGGUGAAAUUGUGAGGCAGAUUGGUGAAGCACUCCGGGAAAAACUUGUGCCUUUGGGGCAGCUAGUGGCUGUGGAGAUGGGUAAGAUCAAGCCAGAGGGGAUUGGGGAGGUUCAAGAAUAUGUCGACAUCUGUGACUUUGCGGUGGGUCUUUCCCGCAUGGUGGGUGGGUCAGUGCUGCCCUCAGAGCGUCCUGGCCAUGUGUUGAUGGAGAACUGGAACCCCCUGGGUGUGGUGGGUGUCAUCACUGCCUUCAAUUUCCCAGUGGCUGUGUACGGCUGGAACAGUGCCAUUGCCAUGGUGUGUGGUGACACCAUGCUGUGGAAGGGGGCCCCCAGCACUCCACUGGUGUCUGUCGCUACCACCAAAAUAGUGGCGUCAGUGCUGGAGAAGAACAACCUACCAGGAGCAGUGUCUGCAUUGUGUUGUGGUGGGGGAGAUAUCGGCUCUGCCAUGGCCAAGGAUGAAAGACUUCCACUUGUGUCCUUCACUGGCUCUACUAAUGUUGGCAAGCAGGUUGCCCUCAUGGUUCAAGAGCGCUUUGGCCGCCACCUGUUAGAGUUGGGUGGGAACAAUGCCAUCAUCGUGGAUGAAGAUGCCGACCCUGAGAUGGUGGUGAGGGCGGCACUCUUUGCCUGUGUGGGAACCGCUGGCCAGCGCUGCACCACCACCCGCCGCCUCAUCCUGCACCACACUCUGUAUGACACCAUCUUGGAGCGUCUGGUGAAGGCAUACAGCAGUUUCAUGUCUCGCAUCGGUGACCCGCUGGAUGAUGGGGUGCUGUAUGGCCCUAUGCACUCACAGCAGGGCAUCGACGGCUUCCUCGCCACCAUCAAGGAAGCUCAGGCUCUUGGAGGCAAGGUGGUGUAUGGAGGCAAGGUGAUGGAGCGGGAAGGCUUCUUUGUGGAGCCAACCAUCAUCACUGGUCUGCCCCAUGACUCCCCGGUGGUCCACAAGGAAACAUUCGCACCCAUUGUGUACAUCCUCAAGUGCUCCUCUGUGGAUGAGGGCAUCAGCUGGAACAAUGAAGUGAAGCAAGGACUUUCCUCAUCCCUCUUCACUCAGAACCUUGGAAAUGUGUUCAAGUGGCUGGGUCCAAAGGGUUCAGAUUGUGGCAUCAUCAACAUCAACAUUCCUACCAACGGGGCAGAGAUUGGCGGUGCCUUUGGUGGGGAAAAGCACACUGGUGGUGGGCGGGAGUCUGGGUCUGACGCAUGGAAGCAGUACAUGCGGCGCUCUACUUGCACCAUCAACUACACCAAGGAGUUGCCACUGGCCCAGGGUAUCAAGUUUGAAUAAGUACCUCAAUGACUGGGUAAUAUUGUCCUGCCUUACAGUCCAUACACUGACCGUCCUGACUCGUGCCAUGUGUUGAGGAUGUAGCUUCCUAAGUGGCCAGUGACUAACUUAGGCAGUGGUUGCUCAAGACAGCCCACACAGCCUGUAAUACUUCCUAAAUAUAUUUUUUAUGAAGUCUUCACAUUAUGCUAAUCAAAUUGUGAAUUGUAAUGUGUUUUGAUAUUCUGAAAGUAUAUUCACUUGCUCAAUUCUAUGUAGUACUUGAUGUCAUGUUACACCAUCAAUGAAACACAGCUUUUGGAGUUGUACCACUUUGCUAGAGAACAGGAUGCCUUACUCCAGAGGUAUUUUUAUAGAUGCAAUAUUUUGUAUACCAUUUAUGCAGUGUCCAUUAAUGUGAGAAUUUGAUACACAAAACCA